GUGUGUGCGGAGGCGGGCGCGCGGCGGAGCUCGGCGGGGCGGCCGCCGGUGCGGUCCCGGCUUCGCCGAGCCUUCAGGAGGCCGCGGGUUCCCGGCAUGGGGCUGCUGACCGAGCUGGCCCGCGGGCUGGUGCGGGGCGCCGACCGCAUGUCCCCGUUCACCAGCAAGCGCGGCCCCCGGAGCUACAACAGGGGCCGAGGGGCCAAGAAGCUGGGCGUGCUCACCUCCAGCAAGAAGUUCAUCCUUAUCAAGGAGAUGGUGCCCGAGUUCGUCGUCCCCGACCUGGAGGGCUUCAAGCUCAAGCCCUACGUCUCGUACCGUGCCCCCGAGGGCUCCGAACCGCCUAUGACAGCCAAGCAGCUCUUCACCGAGGUGGUGGCUCCCCGCAUCGAGAAGGACGUGAAGGAGGGCACUUUUGACCCCAACAACCUGGAGAAGUACGGCUUCGAGCCGACGCAGGAGGGCAAGCUCUUCCAGCUCUUCCCCAAGAACUACGUGCGGUAGGGAGCAAACAGCAGGGCUCCUGGGGCCGUGCAUCGCCACUGUAUGAGAUGCGGCCCGCGCCAGCAAACGCGGGACGGUUUCUGUCGCUGGCAAUGAAAAGCAAAUCCUUCCGCUUA